CAGACCUAUGAUGGCUCCGGCUGCUACGUGGUUGUGGAUGGGGAGGGGCUCUGCGUAUCCGAGCGUUCCUAUUGGCUCCAGAGUCUGCACGGUGGAGAGGGGGGUACCUCUAAUCAUAUCCAGCAUGUUUUGCACAAGAAAUGUCAGCCAGAAAGGGCUAUCUUCUCCCCUCGCCAAAAUACACUACAAUAAUGUCAUGCUCAGACAGCCCCGCAGGAAACGCGUUUUUAGUGGAUUCUCUCAUCAGCGGUCGGACCGAGGGUGUAGGGGGACACUACUACCCGGGCAGCGGCGUGUGUCUGCCCCAUAACGCCGCCUCAGAGGUGCCCUACGGACUACAGAGCUGUGGAUACUUCCCUGGCAUAGGCAAGCGGAGCAACGCAGGUCCCCAUAACAUGAUGUCUGCCGCGUCAGGCGCGUAUAUGUCAGGCAUGGAGAUGUGGAUGGACGCGCAGAGGUCGUGCAGAAUGGACGGAAUGGACCAGCAACAAACUGUGGGUCCUCAGGUCGCGCCCUGCUCGUUCCCGCAGAGCAUUAAGGAGGAGAGCGCGUACUGUCUCUACGAACCGCAGAAGUGCCCCAAAGCCUCAACAGCCGAAGACCUGACAUACUCGAGGCUAACCACAACGGGCUCCGGUUCAGGCUCGUGCACAGUCACUGACGGUGGCGGUGGUGGGGGUACUGUACCCGUGCCCGGCUACUUCCGCUUGUCUCAGACUCACGCACACUCUCAUAAAGUUUACCACGGUGCCCAAUCUAACCCCUCUCAUUCUCACUUUGGCCUACACCCCACUGCACCGACUCGCUUCCACACUCCGACACCCCAGCUGUCCUCAGCUUUAGCCUGCUCAGCCACGGCGGAGCACGAGAGGAGAGACACCGAGGAGGCUCUGCCCUCCGGUAACGCGCCCAAGCCCCAGCAGACGAACGCCGUACUGGGGGACGAGGAGACGCGAGCGUCCUCCGACGGGGAACCUUCCUCUCCCGAGGAAGCUGAAGUGGAGCUCGAGAAGGAAAAGUCAGUGAAAACGACUAAAGGUGAGCUGAGCUGAGAUAAUGUAAAGGUGUGGUCACUCACUCUGCCACGGUUGGUUUAUUGCAUGCUGUAUAGUGAAACAGGUAUGGCGACAAAUUAAAAGAUUAUAACACCUGCCGAGAGACUGGUUUCUGCUUUAGCAUUUUGAGGUCAUUUAGGUGUUGGUUUUUACACAGGGUUUAUAUAUGGUCUAUAUGUGGCAGAGGAGACACCAUGCUUUAGUUGAGAAUAUUUCACUGCCUUAGAGUCAAGCGGGUAUGAAAAGUUUGUAAAAAAGAAUAGAAGCAAUUCAGUAAAAAAGUAAUGUUAUUAUAAAAAGUACAUGUAAUUAUUUGUUUAGGCUUAGGCUAUAGGUUUAUCAUAGAUUUUACAUUUUAGGCCCUUGUUUCUUUAGACAAAAAAGUACUUGACUGCCGCUCAAUAUAUGCCUAACAUUCGUAGGCUAUGUCUAUCCAUAAACAAAUAGGCUACUAAAAGCGUGUUUUUAUUUUUGGCCGUUGAUAUUUGUUCUUAUUGUAAUAGGUCUAAAAUGAUAUAAAAUGUUAUACAUUUCAUAUAAUAUUUUUGAGUUAUUACCUGCACAUGUUUUAAGUUCAAGCAAAGUACACAAGACCGUUGAACUAUUCCUUAUGGAAAGGCCUAUAUCAACCCAAUGACCUGCACAACACACACAUACUACACACACACAAACACACACACACACACACACGCAUGCACGCGCGCACGCGCGCGGCCUAUCUUACAUACAUAGCUGUCAGCCUAAAAUCAUGUAUCUACCAUUUCCUUUAGGAGACUCAAAAAGCGAGAGCACGGCCAACUGGUUAACAGCAAAAAGCGGCCGGAAGAAACGUUGCCCAUACACCAAACACCAGACACUGGAGCUCGAGAAGGAGUUCCUCUUCAACAUGUACCUGACUCGCGAGCGUCGCCUAGAGAUCAGUAGGAGCGUGCACCUGACCGACAGGCAGGUCAAAAUAUGGUUCCAGAAUCGCAGAAUGAAACUGAAGAAAAUGACCCGGGAAAACAGGAUUCGGGAGCUCACGUCAAAUUUCGGUUUUUCGUGAUAACACUGAAUGAGCUUUAGUUAUAAUGCAAGUUGAAAAGGGUACAUCGUUAAUAGGCCUACAGGCAAGCCUUUGCAUCGUCCUGUAUAAGCUACUGGUAAAACGUGAAUGUUAUGGGUUGUUUUUUGUUGUUUUUUGUUUUUGUUAAUUGUUCGUUAAUUCGGUUCUGUUAUUGCUGUCACUUGUUGGAAUAGGUGUCUUGACUAAAAUAAUGGAUGACAUUUUAUCUAAAUUGGAGCUACACAUAUAAAUCACGAUUGGGUUUUACAAAUAUAUUCCAUAUAUUCCAUAUAUUUGUGGAGUUUCUUUAAAAUUUAGAUUGCAUGAAACAACAUGAUUCAGACUCCUCUUUUCCUGCAUUUUGCAAUGUGGAUCAAGGCAUAUCUAUCAACAGUAAGGGAAUAAGAUAAAUCGCCCUUUAAAUGUAUUGUUCCGAUAUAUUAUGAUGAGUUGAGGAUAAUAUUGUUGUGUAGACUCGAACUAAGGGAAAUGUACAUGAGCAGUCUACAUUGUGAAAAUGUUUUUAUUGUGUAUUUCAUUAUGUACAUAUGAGGUUGUGUUUUUGUG